AUGCACACCACAUUCGUUCACUCUACGGUCGGUCAUUCUUCACUCACUUGGGCCUGCCGCUCGCCUCCGGCUAGAGAUACACACGACAUUCGUUCACUCUACGGUCGGUCAUUCGUCAGUUCACUCACUUGGGCCCGCCGCUCGCCUCCGGCUAGAGAUACACACGACAUUCGUUCACUCUACGGUCGGUCAUUCGUCAGUUCACUCACUUGGGCCUGCCGCUCGCCUCCGGCUGGAGAUGCACACCACAUUCGUUCACUCUACGGUCGGUCAUUCGUCAGUUCACUCACUUGGGCCUGCCGCUCGCCUCCGGCUGGAGAUGCACACCACAUUCGUUCACUCUACGGUCGGUCAUUCGUCAGUUCACUCACUUGGGCCUGCCGCUCGCCUCCGGCUAGAGAUACACACGACAUUCGUUCACUCUACGGUCGGUCAUUCUUCACUCACUUGGGCCUGCCGCUCGCCUCCGGCUGGAGAUGCACACCACAUUCGUUCACUCUACGGUCGGUCAUUCGUCAGUUCACUCACUUGGGCCUGCCGCUCGCCUCCGGCUGGAGAUGCACACCACAUUCGUUCACUCUACGGUCGGUCAUUCGUCAGUUCACUCACUUGGGCCUGCCGCUCGCCUCCGGCUGGAGAUGCACACGACAUUCGUUCACUCUACGGCUCGGGUUCACUCACUUGGGCCUGCCGCUCGCCUCCGGCUGGAGAUGCACACCACAUUCGUUCACUCUACGGUCGGUCAUUCGUCAGUUCACUCACUUGGGCCUGCCGCUCGCCUCCGGCUGGAGAUGCACACCACAUUCGUUCACUCUACGGUCGGUCAUUCGUCAGUUCACUCACUUGGGCCUGCCGCUCGCCUCCGGCUGGAGAUGCACACCACAUUCGUUCACUCUACGGUCGGUCAUUCGUCAGUUCACUCACUUGGGCCUGCCGCUCGCCUCCGGCUGGAGAUGCACACCACAUUCGUUCACAUCUACGGUCGGUCAUUCGUCAGUUCACUCACUUGGGCCUGCCGCUCGCCUCCGGCUGGAGAUGCACACCACAUUCGUUCACUCUACGGUCGGUCAUUCGUCAGUUCACUCACUUGGGCCUGCCGCUCGCCUCCGGCUGGAGAUGCACACCACAUUCGUUCACUCUACGGUCGGUCAUUCGUCAGUUCACUCACUUGAUGCACACCACAUUCGUUCACUCUACGGUCGGUCAUUCGUCAGUUCACUCACUUGGGCCUGCCGCGCCUCCGGCUGGAGAUGCACACCACAUUCGUUCACUCUACGGUCGGUCAUUCGUCAGUUCACUCACUUGGGCCUGCCGCUCGCCUCCGGCUGGAGAUGCACACCACAUUCGUUCACUCUACGGUCGGUCAUUCGUCAGUUCACUCACUUGGGCCUGCCGCUCGCCUCCGGCUGGAGAUGCACACCACAUUCGUUCACUCUACGGUCGGUCAUUCGUCAGUUCACUCACUUGGGCCUGCCGCUCGCCUCCGGCUGGAGAUGCACACCACAUUCGUUCACUCUACGGUCGGUCAUUCUUCACUCACUUGGGCCUGCCGCUCGCCUCCGGCUGGAGAUGCACACCACAUUCGUUCACUCUACGGUCGGUCAUUCGUCAGUUCACUCACUUGGGCCUGCCGCUCGCCUCCGGCUGGAGAUGCACACCACAUUCGUUCACUCUACGUUCACUCACUUGGGCCUGCCGCUCGCCUCCGGCUGGAGAUGCACACCACAUUCGUUCACUCUACGGUCGGUCAUUCGUCAGUUCACUCACUUGGGCCUGCCGCUCGCCUCCGGCUGGAGAUGCACACCACAUUCGUUCACUCUACGGUCGGUCAUUCGUCAGUUCACUCACUUGGGCCUGCCGCUCGCCUCCGGCUGGAGAUGCACACCACAUUCGUUCACUCUACGGUCGGUCAUUCGUCAGUUCACUCACUUGGGCCUGCCGCUCGCCUCCGGCUGGAGAUACACACGACAUUCGUUCACUCUACGGUCGGUCAUUCGUCAGUUCACUCACUUGGGCCUGCCGCUCGCCUCCGGCUGGAGAUGCACACCACAUUCGUUCACUCUACGGUCGGUCAUUCGUCAGUUCACUCACUUGGGCCUGCCGCUCGCCUCCGGCUGGAGAUACACACGACAUUCGUUCACUCUACGUUCACUCACUUGGGCCUGCCGCUCGCCUCCGGCUGGAGAUGCACACCACAUUCGUUCACUCUACGGUCGGUCAUUCGUCAGUUCACUCACUUGGGCCUGCCGCUCGCCUCCGGCUGGAGAUGCACACACACAUUCGUUCACUCUACGGUCGGUCAUUCGUCAGUUCACUCACUUGGGCCUGCCGCUCGCCUCCGGCUGGAGAUGCACACCACAUUCGUUCACUCUACGGUCGGUCAUUCGUCAGUUCACUCACUUGGGCCUGCCGCUCGCCUCCGGCUGGAGAUGCACACCACAUUCGUUCACUCUACGGUCGGUCAUUCGUCAGUUCACUCACUUGGGCCUGCCGCUCGCCUCCGGCUGGAGAUGCACACGACAUUCGUUCACUCUACGGUCGGUCAUUCGUCAGUUCACUCACUUGGGCCUGCCGCUCGCCUCCGGCUGGAGAUGCACACCACAUUCGUUCACUCUACGGUCGGUCAUUCGUCAGUUCACUCACUUGGGCCUGCCGCUCGCCUCCGGCUGGAGAUGCACACCACAUUCGUUCACUCUACGGUCGGUCAUUCGUCAGUUCACUCACUUGGGCCUGCCGCUCGCCUCCGGCUGGAGAUGCACACCACAUUCGUUCACUCUACGGUCGGUCAUUCGUCAGUUCACUCACUUGGGCCUGCCGCUCGCCUCCGGCUGGAGAUGCACACCACAUUCGUUCACUCUACGGUCGGUCAUUCGUCAGUUCACUCACUUGGGCCUGCCGCUCGCCUCCGGCUGGAGAUGCACACCACAUUCGUUCACUCUACGGUCGGUCAUUCGUCAGUUCACUCACUUGGGCCUGCCGCUCGCCUCCGGCUGGAGAUGCACACCACAUUCGUUCACUCUACGGUCGGUCAUUCGUCAGUUCACUCACUUGGGCCUGCCGCUCGCCUCCGGCUGGAGAUGCACACCACAUUCGUUCACUCUACGGUCGGUCAUUCGUCAGUUCACUCACUUGGGCCUGCCGCUCGCCUCCGGCGGUCGGUCAUUCGUCAGAUGCACACCACACGACAUUCGUUCACUCUACGGUCGGUCAUUCGUCAGUUCACUCACUUGGGCCUGCCGCUCGCCUCCGGCUGGAGAUGCACACCACAUUCGUUCACUCUACGGUCGGUCAUUCGUCAGUUCACUCACUUGGGCCUGCCGCUCGCCUCCGGCUGGAGAUGCACACCACAUUCGUUCACUCUACGGUCGGUCAUUCGUCAGUUCACUCACUUGGGCCUGCCGCUCGCCUCCGGCUGGAGAUGCACACCACAUUCGUUCACUCUACGGUCGGUCAUUCGUCAGUUCACUCACUUGGGCCUGCCGCUCGCCUCCGGCUGGAGAUGCACACCACAUUCGUUCACUCUACGGUCGGUCAUUCGUCAGUUCACUCACUUGGGCCUGCCGCUCGCCUCCGGCUAGAGAUACACACGACAUUCGUUCACUCUACGGUCGGUCAUUCGUCAGUUCACUCACUUGGGCCUGCCGCUCGCCUCCGGCUGGAGAUGCACACCACAUUCGUUCACUCUACGGUCGGUCAUUCGUCAGUUCACUCACUUGGGCCUGCCGCUCGCCUCCGGCUGGAGAUGCACACCACAUUCGUUCACUCUACGGUCGGUCAUUCGUCAGUUCACUCACUUGGGCCUGCCGCUCGCCUCCGGCUAGAGAUACACACGACAUUCGUUCACUCUACGGUCGGUCAUUCGUCAGUUCACUCACUUGGGCCCGCCGCUCGCAUCCGGCUAGAGAUGCACACCACAUUCGUUCACUCUACGGUCGGUCAUUCGUCAGUUCACUCACUUGGGCCUGCCGCUCGCCUCCGGCUGGAGAUGCACACCACAUUCGUUCACUCUACGGUCGGUCAUUCGUCAGUUCACUCACUUGGGCCUGCCGCUCGCCUGCGGCUGGAGAUGCACACCACAUUCGUUCACUCUACGGUCGGUCAUUCGUCAGUUCACUCACUUGGGCCUGCCGCUCGCCUCCGGCUGGAGAUGCACACCACAUUCGUUCACUCUACGGUCGGUCAUUCGUCAGUUCACUCACUUGGGCCUGCCGCUCGCCUCCGGCUGGAGAUGCACACCACAUUCGUUCACUCUACGGUCGGUCAUUCGUCAGUUCACUCACUUGGGCCUGCCGCUCGCCUCCGGCUAGAGAUACACACGACAUUCGUUCACUCUACGGUCGGUCAUUCGUCAGUUCACUCACUUGGGCCUGCCGCUCGCCUCCGGCUGGAGAUGCACACCAGAUUCGUUCACUCUACGGUCGGUCAUUCGUCAGUUCACUCAGCGACGUCGCCCGCUCGCCUCCAGCACGUUCGGGUCCGGUUGGA